UCUUACCUUUUCGUGUUUUGUUUUGGCAACAAAGUACCAAAUUUUUAUGUCUCUCCAAACACAGGAAAAUGUUAAUUCCAUGAGUCAUUGUUAAGACCAUCUCGUACCUUCCUUUGUCACACACCAGAGGUUCCCACGCACCUUCCACGAAAGACUAACCCCUUUAGACAACAAAUCUCCCUCCAAUUUCUGCAACUAAACAUACUCUUCUCUUCUCCCUUUAUUAUUAUUUUUAUUCAAAACAUAAUGUUAAAUCAAUAUAUAUAUCAUAUAUCAUCAAUACUUAUGUUAUAAUCAUAUACAUUAUUUAUGACUCUUUCAUUCUUUUUUGUCCUACUAAUCAAUCAAGAUGAGAUGUAGAUUUAAAAUUUUCCUUUACAAAAACCUCGAGUGUACUUGAAUUGUCAACUUCUAAGAACACCACCAUCACUCCUUCCUCCAACACUUUCUUCCAUUUCUUCCAUCAUUCAUCAUCUCUCUAUAUAAAUGCACAUACCCUUAUUAACAACUUCCCCACAAGAAAAGUUUUCCCCUUUGGUCUCACUAUACAACACAAACCCCAUUAAUUUCUUUCUUUUUCGUCCCAAGCAUAGUGGAAGUAAAACAAUGGGAUCCAGGAAGAACCCGGUUGUUUUUGAGGACUACUUUCCUGCAAUGAUGGAGAAGCUGGGAACUGAGGGGUUCAUGAAGGAGCUGACGAACGGUUUUCAGUUGUUGAUGGACGGAGAGAAGAAGGUGAUAACGUUUGAGAGCUUGAAGAGAAACUCUGCAUUGCUUGGGUUGGAUGGGAUGAAUGAUGAUGAGAUAAGGUGCAUGCUAAGAGAAGGUGAUCUUGAUGGUGAUGGAGCACUCGAUGAGAUGGAAUUCUGCACUCUAAUGUUUAGGUUGAGCCCUGCUUUGAUGAACAAUUCCAAGGAACUUUUGGAGGAAGCCAUUUUCCCUUUUCAUUAGUUUCUUCUUCUCUCACACAGCUCCUUUGCUUUUCUUUUUUCUUCUUUUCUUCUUCUUUUUUUACUUUUUUUUUUUUUUUUUAUGGAGCUGUUUGUGUUUGUAAGUUGGAUGAACUUUUCUUAUUCAACAAUGCUACUCUACUGUGAAAACAUGGCUUUUUCUAAUAACUUUGCUUUUGACAAAACCAGACUGAAUUGCAGACAUGGAGAAAACUGAUCUAAAUUUCCUCAUAUACUGCACUCAAUUACUGUUAUAUAGAAACAUUGCAAAGAAACAGCUUAAACAGAGCAUGCCAAAUUCCUUUUCACUUGUUAUUUCCCAAACAUGAAUUUUUAGAGUUUUUCAUAGCUACUUCAUUCCAUAGUUAACUUUCAUGUACCAAUAAAAAAUGUAAUGUGGCAGAUGUAAAAUGGUUAUGCAGACAUUUAUUACUUAAUAAUAAUUUCAGCUGCAGCCUUAAUUUAUUUAUUGAA